AUGCCAAAGGCUUUCACCAUCAUUUUGGGCAACACUUAAACUAUUAUUUCCAUCAUAUAUGGAGUUUCUAUUAUACCAUAUAAAUUUAUUUGCUUCAUCAUCUUUUCAUACUUUUCAAAACUCCACAGUUUUGAGAAUUUGACCGGCUUAAAGAUUCAAGACUUUAAAAAUAAUGAAUACUGGAAAAUUAAAUAGGGUCUAGUGUUUACUAUAAUUUAGAUUUCAUCCAAUUGUUUUUCAGAUACUCUUGCUUCUUUUUGUUAGAAAGUCCUUAUCUAAUUGUGGGUUCAAGAAAAAGAUCUAAGAGUAAAAAACCUUUUAAAAAAUGAAAAAGUGAUGAGUAUGUAAAUGCGGAUUUUGUAGAAAGAUUGGUAGACUUAACAAGAUAGAAUUGCUGGGGAAAUGUAGAAAAUGUUGAGCAGAAUUGAUGAAUUGUAAGAAUAAAUUUCUCAUGAGGCUAAUCUCAACAAGCUAGAUAUAUACCUGAAACAACUUGAUGAAACAAAAGAACAAUUAGAUUAAUAAAUUGUAAAUAUCAGUGAAAUGGGUUAAUAGCUGAGACUGCUAACUGACUUUAUUAAUCAUAUCAGAAAAGGCUUGAUCAGGAUGGAGGGGAAAAUUAAUGAAAUGAAGGAAUAACUCAAAAUCAUGGGUAACGAUAUUAAAUUUUUGAGAGGAAAAUCUGUUGAAUAAUUAUUUGAAAUUAGAAAAUGGAAGGUAUUGAAAGAAGCGGCACUUAAGAAUGCUAAAUCCAUUUAUAUACCAUUAAUAACCAAAGAGAUAUAUCAUAAAGAUGAAAAGUAAGACGAUAAAUUAAGUAUUUUAAUAAAUUUAGAACAAAUUAAUGAUAUUCAAGGAGAAGUGAAUCAGUUUUUAUUAGAAGGGAAAGAAACAGUGUUAUUAAUUCAUGGGGUAGCUGGAUCUGGCUAAGAAAAUAGAAGAACUUAUUUGGAAAUUACAUAAUAAAAAUAUAAAAAUUAGAAAUCAAAUUCUCAUACCUGUUUAUAUCUCCUUACCCUCUUUAAAAAUUCCUGUAUUUUAAGCGGUAGAGGAAACACUUCAUCAAGAUGAAUAAUUAAAAGAGUGCAAAGAGAUUUUAGAGAAGUAAGAAUUCAAAUUGUUAUUGUUAAUGGAUAAGCUAUGAUGAAAUGAAACUAGAGAAUAUUUAGAAAAAUUUAUAUAUGAUUAAAAAAGUCAAAUAGUAUUGGUCACUUGUAACUUUUACCACAAGAAGUGAAAUUUUUACGAGCAGUAAUUAUUCCUUAUGGUUUGCACCAGAAAAGAAAGAAAAUUUAAAGGAAAUUCAAUAUUAUCUAAUAAGCUGA